AUGACCUACAACGUGCUCAAGUCGACGUGCUCGUUCAGCUUCUACCCGCACUGCGACACCCAGCACAUGCUCUUCCCCUACCGGCUGGCCAACCAAGCGCGGGAGAUCGAGGCGUUGGCCCCGGACGUGGCCUGCCUGCAGGAGGUGGACAAGUACCAGGAGUACCUGUCCUACCUGAGCAAGACCUACAGCGGAGUGUACAAGAAGAGGGAGAAGGGGGACGGCUGCGCGCUCUUCUACAACAGGGAGCGGUACUACGUAGGCGAGGUCUGUGAGUUGGAUUUGGGAUUCGACACGGUGGCUCUCCUGGUGCCGCUGAUGCCUCUGGAGGAGGACGACAGCCCGCUCUUGGUUGCGACCACCCACCUCUCGGUGUGGUUCGACGACGCCGAAAUCAUUCGCCACAAGCAAACUCGAGAGCUGCUCAGUGCCGUGAAUGCGUGGAAGAAGGCGAAGGAAGCCGAGCUGGGCCAGGAGAAUGUGCCCAUCGUGCUGUGUGGCGACUUCAACUCGACGCCCGACUCCUCGAUCUACGCCCUUCUCACAUCGCCCGGCCAAGCCCGUCCCCCUGCCGCUCGACCCAACGGCCCCAGGGGCAACCGUGGCGGCGCCGUCAAGUCGCCGGCCGCCGGCCGGCCGGCCGCGACCAGCGACCAGACCCAGCAGACCACGCCAUGGCGCAGUGCCUAUGCGUUGCAUCAACAGACCGCGGCCGAUGAGGUGAAGGAGGGAGCCACGACGGCGACGACAACGGCGAGCGGCGAGCCGCCAUACACGACGCUGCUGCCGCACUCGGCGCAGGUGGUGGACUACAUCCUGUGGCCCGCCGCUUCGCCCAUGCGCGUGCGGGCGCUGGUGCCGAUACCGCGCCUGGCCGAGGGGAGCGGGCUGCCCUCGGCCCUCUAUUCGAGCGACCACUUCAGCCUCAUGUGCGAGCUCGCGUAG